AUGCCAAACAUUACUGCAAGUGAAAAGUUUAACUAUACGCAGACCAUUAACAGAAAUACAGUUGGAUUAAAUCUGGAAUAUUUGAAGCAAACAAAGACAAUCAUUUGUAUUCUGAAACCUACAAAUUUUAAAGCUGUAACACUUAUUUUGUUGGCUUUUAUUCCUAAAUGCUAUGCUCCACCAAUAGAACAAGACGAUGUUAAGUUCACCAGUAAACUACCCGUAGUUUCGAUUCUGCGGACUGUCCUACUCGGGUAUAUGACACAUAUUGUAACCAUUCGACCUAGAACAGGCGUUUCAGGCUUCUCUACUAUUUUUCGGCGACUUUUAGCGCUUUUAUACCCUUCCAGUGGAAUUGGCACAGCAAUAGAAUCCAUGUACAAAUCUUUUAAUGGAGACAAAAUACUCGGGAUCUCUCAAUACACAUUCUUGUUGAAAAGCUACGACGAUGAAAAUAGCGAUAAAGCAACAGAGAAGAAAGACGGUGAUUCUCACUAUCCAAACAAUAAAGCUUCAUCAGACUCAUUGCUUUUGAUCAAAGCCUCCGCAUCAGAAUGUGAGAAGGAUGAAGAAGAGAACACCGAGAGCACUGAUGCACAAGAACUUCAUUUGGAGAUUUCCCGGCUAAGAGAUCGAUUGGUCCAAGAUGCAAAAAACAAAAACAUUGAUAUUAAAGAAUACGACAAUGCACCAUAUCUGGCAGCAUUUCUACAUGUAAUUGGUCCUGAGCAAGCAAAGAAAACGAAAGGUUGUAUCCUAAACCGCUCAGUUACUAUUGGAUUCAACAAUGUCAAACCAACUAUAUAUAUGCUGUCCAGCCGUGUGACCAACGAAAUAUCUGUUACUGGCCCAGGUGCAGCUUGUAAAAAUCAAGCAGAAAUAUUGCCAAAGGUGUUCCGCUAUAUGUCGGACAGUAUGAUAGAUCAGCUUGAAACAGCCCAUAAUAUGGAUGAAACAUCAUAUGUCGAAAUACUUGUUACUAUCGGACAGCUAUUCUUUACCACAAUCGAAUGCAUGGACAUAGAUGGGGACAGAUGGGCCAAGGUUAUUAUUAUCAUAUACACUUCAAUGUCGGUUCUUCAGACAGGUUCUCUAAUUGCCCUCCACAAACAAACGAUGGCCUUUAGUAUCAAGAAUGACGGGCGCGAGAACAUGUUUCUUAACAGCAAAGUCCUUACAUUAACUGAAGAAGAGCGUAAACUCCUAGGGGAAUCGACUAAUAAGUUUGAGAGCAAUGAAGAAGUGGUCAUCCUUUCUACAUUUACAGGCAUUGUAGUAUUUUUACUAAUUGGAAUAUGGGCAGAUUACAGUAGCCACAGCAUAACAGAAUGGCUUGUACUGGCUUGGAUUCUUAGCCCUAUUCUUGCUGCUUUGGGUUUUUUUACUUUUAUUUGUAAUAAUUCAGAUAUUAUGCUUUAUUUAAUCCUCGUUAUUGCAUCUAUUAGUUCCAUUGGGUGUCUAAUUGCGGCUACAAUUAUUGGAUAUUUACCUAAAGAAAAUAUUAUAAUCUCCCCUGUGUUGUAA